AUGGAGAAUGCAAGGGGAAAUGAUACAAGUGAGUCUUCUAAGGCUCGAAUGAGCCAAAUGGAACAAAUGCUCGCAGCCUUGACUGAAACAUUGACACAACAACAGAGGCAACAACCUUUGCCCCCUCCACCUCCACAACAUGAGCCAAAUAACAAUGAUAUGAUUAACCUAACACAAAAGUUCAUGAAGAUGAAACCGCCAACCUUCCUUGGAGGUAUUGUACCACUAAAGGCUGAAACAUGGUUGUUGGAAAUGGAGAAGUUAUUCGAAGUGUUUCCCUAUUUUGAGAAUCAGAAAGUUCUUUUAGCCACCUACACACCGAAGGACGAAGCCCGAAGAGGGUGGUUGUUGACCCGAAACAGCAAUGAAAACAUAACAUGGGCUCAAUUUAAUGUGAUAUUCUAUGACAAAUACUUCCCUCAAUGCUUUCGAGAUAGAAACGUUUCAGAGUUUCAGGAACGUAAGCAAGGAAAGAUGUCCGUGGCUGAGUACAAGGCUAAGUUCACCGAGUUGGCCAGAUUUGCACCUCAUAUGGUGGACACGGACUACAAGAAAGCUUAA